AUGACGCCCUUCAGCUCUGACCUCCAGCUGCGGACACCCCUCUUUACCGACAACAACGGCGUGUUCAGCCUCGACGCCUCGACGCCCACGCUGCUUGCGUUCCCGCCAGGCUCGGUGGACAAACUGAACGCUGCGAGCAUCAAGUUUUGGCUGACGGCGCCCACCACGCCCGACUCCAACGUAACUGUCUCGCCUGUUUCCAGCCUGGUGGAGGCCUACCGCCGCUACAAGUGCAGCAGCGGCGGUCUCUGCAAGGACUUUGGCGACGCCACGCUGUACAGCAACGUUUAUAGCCUCUUUGGCUUUGACCCUCAGGACAGCGUCAACUUUGUCAAUUGGAAGGGCAUUGUCAUGGGCACCAAGUAUGGUGUGUCAGUCUACGUGCUCAACCAGCGCAUCGCCGCUGUGCUCACCGCCGCCUCUGAGGUGGCCAACACGCUGUGCGGCCCCGAUUUUUCUACCUCUGACAACCCACACGUGCAGCUGGCGGUGUCUUACGCCCUGGUCGAGGUCCUGCUGGCCAAGAGCAGCCCUGCCGACCGCCUGGCUGCGCUCUCCAGCCCAGAGGAUAUCGCCAACGUCAUGGACCUGGCGCUGGAGAACCUCAAGACCCCUGAGGCUGACCUGCGCACCUGCAUCAGCAUCCCUGCAACCGACAAGGCUGUGCUUUUCCCCGUGCUUGCCAAGGGGGCUGCGUACGUCAACUCGGCGCUCAGCUUGCUGCCCAGCAACGUCACCACCGUCGACCAGGUCGUGCUCACCGCCAAGGGCAAGCCCUCCAGCGCUACCUGCGCCUUCAAGGGCCUUGAUAGAACUGCGGCUGCCGCGGCGCUGAGUCGUGUGGCGUCCAGUGAGAUGGCAGACUCGCUCUCUGGGAAUCUGAGGGCCUACCUGAACUCGAACACCCAGGCUGAGAGGGACACUGUUACUGUGGCCGCGUCCGCUGAGAUGGAUGCCCAGUAUGGCACUGCCAAGCAGCUGGACAAGACCACCACCAAGUCCAAAAUCACUGCCAAGCACGCAGUUACCGACCUGACUGGCGCCAACCUUGACGUCGUCGCCUGCACUGUUGGCGCCACCGGCGCCCUGGGCCUGCUCGGCCUCCUCGGCCUGCUUGGUCUCAUCGGCAUCGUGCCCGCCGGUGUUGUCGCGGCUGGCAUCCUGGCUGCGCUGCCCCCUGGCAUCGUGUUCAUCGUGCCAGGCCUCGCGCUCAUCCCCUUCGGCACUGUGCUGUCCGACGAUUUGAUCACCCUGAUCUUCCCGAACGGCGGCACCAAAUACAACUUCCCCGGCUCCUGCAGCCUCGGCAUCCCGCCGCCCCCCAAGAACCUGACAGGCGUCCUGCCCGACUACAUUGUCGAGAUGCUGCCCCCCAAGAUCUGUCUGCCGCCUGGCGCUCUGUGGUACGUCGGCGAGCUGCCCUACAUCAUCAACGUGCCCGAGUACAACUGGCCAAACAAGACCGUCAUCAUCCCGCCCAGCACCAUCAUCCUGCCCCCCGGCGUGUCGGGCGACCCCGGGGUCAUUGGCACCAACGACACAACGUGGUACCCCACCAACGACACCGUGACCCCUCCCGGCCCCGUUGACGUGGUGCCCGACGACGGCAACGACGGCGGGACCACCAUUGUCACGCCCAUUGAGGGCGGCGGCGAGGAGACCAAUAACACCGGUGGCGGCGGCGGCGGCGGCGGCAGCUCAGGCAACGGCGGCCACGGCGGUGGCUCCUACCUGCUGGACGGUCCUCCUCCUGGAUCCUGCCCUGGCACCACCCUGGGCCCCAUUCCGCCCCUGGGAACCGCCCCGGGCGAUGCCCUGCCCACCGUCCGCCAGCUGUUUGGCUCCAUCCACGGCAUUGGCUACCUUGGCUUCUGCGCGGGUGACUUCUACUACCAGCGCCGCAUGGACCCCACUGAUAAAGACGUGGCUGGCGACCUACUCAACAAAGAUCGCACUUUUGGCCAGGUGUACAAGGACUUCAUCACCGGCCCCGCCAACGCCGCGACCUAUGGCUACUUCGGCAUCGACAAGAUCACCGGGGACGGCCUUGCGCUCGCCACCGACGCCUGGGCUGACUCGCCCGAGGAGCCGGUUGAGAACCACUGUGUGGACACCUGGACCACCAUUCCGGUCGGGGUCCCGAUAUCCGGCCUCACCCCCUACCCUCGCGACGUGACCGGCCAGCCCGACUGGGCCGCGCAGGUGGUGGUCACCCCUGUGGCGCUGCUCACUGUCGGCGACACUGGUUCAGGCACUGUGGCCCAGAAGUACGAUGCCGCCCACGCCCAGCUCAACGUCAAGGCCCAGGGCGGCCUCUACGGCUCAGGCAUGGUCAACUCCGACCCCAUACUGAUGUUGUCGAGCGGCAACACCGUGAAAAUUGGCGUCGCAGUGAGCUCGCUCGUGGCCAGUGCCAAGGUGCUCAACGUCCUGUCCCUGGCGCGCGCCCUGUACGAGUGCCGCAACGGCAACGCAGCCCGGCUCAGCAACGAGCUCUUCCACCAGUGGACUGAGGCUUUGAUUAAGACCGACCUGCUUCACUCGCCUUCCAAGCUGACUGCCGCCCUCAAGGACCUGUGCCUGGUGACAUGCGCCAGCGACGCGGUGCCCGCCGUUGUCGCCAUCCACAAGCAGCUGGGCGACCUCGCGAACAAGUACAACGUCCUGACAGCCAGCUCAGACGUCCCCAUCACCCUGCACUCUGACCUGGUGCGCAUCGCCAAGCUGGCACGCCUCGGCCAGGAGGGCAUCCGUGCCAGCGUCAAGCAGUGCUGCACCGGCGCAUCUGCCAGCCCCUUUGCUGUCUACACCACCUCCCUGGAGGACCUCAUCACCAAGGCCAGCGUCAACGUCUCCGCCAUCGCCUCAGCUGUGGCCGGCAGCGGGGCCAGCUCCGGCCCCACCAAGCCCUCCACCAAGCUCUCUGGCAGGCUGCUCAACAACGGUGGCAUCAAGGACUGCAAGGGCACCUACGAGGCAGUGCUGACUGGUGACAAGCUGGACCUCACCACCGACAACAUGGGCGCCUUUGAGGUCGCCAACCCCCAGCUGGGCCUCUAUCGAUUCAGCAGCGCUCUGGAGGGCAGCCAGUGCACCGACGCCAUCACUGGCGUCACCGUGCGCUUCCCGUUCUCCCUCUACGUCCCGCCAGUCAUCGCCACCGCCAUCAACGCGAUCUCGCUGCUGACCGUCCCGGUCGCCGACGACGCCACCGUGACGGCGCUCUACAAGGGCAAGGUCACCGAUGGCCGCGCGCCCCAGUACCUGUGGACCCAUGCCUACAAGCUCUUUGGCUACGACGCCACCAAGCUUGCGGUGGACUUCCUCACCUACAUCGGCGACGCCCUCACCCUGGGCCAGCCCACUGCCGCCGCGCUCAUGGGCACCAACGCCCAGGUCAUGGCAACCUACGCCACCGCCCUGGAGCUGUUUGAGCCGCUGCUGGGCAGCCAGGCGUCCGUUGACGACAUCGCGUCAUCGGUGGUCAAGGCCACCUACUCCAAGGUCAACGAGACCUGGGCCGCCUCGGGGGACGGCAGCGCGUCGCUCAGCAACGCGCUGACCCUGUCCGACCUGUACGCACAGGGCUACACUGCCGCCCUGCCUGCCGCGCGCCGCCGCAUGAUGCGCCGCCUGCACAACAGCGCCGGGCAGCGCACUGCAGAGGAGCUCAAGCCGCUCUUUGAUUCCGUUGCAAAGAUUGUGGCGAGCACCAAUGCCCAGAUCGAGGCCAUCGUGCAGGCGGCCAAGGCCGCUGCUGCCGAGGGCCGCUCCUACGACGCAGUCGCCGCACUGGUGCAGAUCACCGCCAUCUCUGCUGUGCAGCAGCAGGACUUGGCCUCAGCCGUCAGCCAGCUUGCCGCCAAGGUGGCCAAUGACCCCACCCUUGACAUAGCCGCCGAGGCCGCCACGCUCGAGAAGGAGUUCUCUGGCGCAGCUCUGUCCAACAAGAUCGAGUCCAAGAUCACCACCAUCCCCGAUGUCGUUCAGCAGAUCACCCAGCAGCAGGGCAACCUGGGCAAGGCGCCUGUGGAGGCGGCCAGCCCGACGGCUGGUGGCGCGAACACCGCCGGCAUCAUUGCAGGCACUGUGGUCGGCUUUGGCGUCGCGUUCGGUCUGGUGGUGCUGGGGGUGGUCCUGCUGCACAAAAAGCGCAGGGCCGCCGCCGAGGCCGCCGCCGGCAAGGCGGCCGGCGACCGUUAUGCGGUCAAUGAUGCGGGUGAGACGCAAGCAGAUGGCGCCACGAACGGCGCAGGCCCCGUGGCCGAGGGAUCUGAGUCGUCGCAGGCUCAGUCAUUCUAUCAGCGGCGUACGCUCAGGGCGCAGGCCGCCCUGCAGCAGCAUGCGUCCCCUGACGGUACUGCAAAGUCCAAGUGA